ACUCAAACCGUUCCUUUCCCCCCCUGGAGAAACCACUCUUUCCUUCUGCUGGACACACACUCAGGACUGACAGGGACCCAAAGGAACUUAUCUCUGGAGAUUCUGCAAGAAGUCAUGACCAAAGAGUUUGAAUCUCUGAUGGUUCUGCAAAACGAGAGCUACAACACGCAGCGUUUCUACGACAGCUACGCCAUGGACACCUGGAAGUCGUACGUCGACGGGUCCGUGACGGAGCCGGACCGGACCCGGGCCCGGCUGAGCAGCGAGGACGACGUCACCGCCAUCUCCCUGCUCUGCGACCCUUUCAAGACCCAGAAAGACCAGAAGAUGGUGGCCUGUGGCCGCAGCAGCAGCGUGUACAAGCCCCUGGAGAGGAGCCUGAGCACCACCCUGCCGGACCUGGCGGCCCUGGAGAGCCCCACCCACAUCAUGAAGCUGCUGUCCGAGAGCAUGUCCACCUCCCAGCCACAGGAGGCGCUGGACCUGAACAAGAAGCUGGCGCCCCUGUGCCCGCCCAAGCACGGCGCCCACCAGGACGACUUCAUCGUGCCCGGCGCCGAGGCCUACGACCGUCACACCAUCAACCACCUGUUCGACGUCAUCCUCUCCCCGCCCGCGCAGCAGAAGUGGGCGAGCGACACCGGCUACAUGGAGGCCAGGCCCGAGUCCCUGCCCUACAGUGACCCUCUCCUCGUCGAGCAGACCAGUCCGGUGUACUCGGACUCCUACACAAACUCCCCCCCGGACAGAUACAGGUACGCACCGCAGGACGUCCCGAACAGCACUGUUCACUGCGUGCCUACAUGGAACGACUUUCAGUUCAUCCUGGGCGCUCCACGAGCCUCGCAGCACAAGACCACCGAAAUGCCCAUGGUCUACCUGAACAAGGGCCAGUUCUACCCCAUCACCCUGCAGGGCAUGGGGGCCGACAGCGCCGCCGGACUCUCCUCCAGCAAAGUCAAGACGGUGAUCAUGGCAGUGUUCGAGAACGACAAGAACGCCGAGGUCCAGCUCAAGUGCUGGAACCACUGGCACGCCCGGCAGCCCACCAUCAAGCAGAGGGUGAUCGACAUCGCGGACUACAAGGAGGUCCUGAGCGGCAUCAGCAACGUGGAGGAAGUGGCCUUCAACGCCCUGUCCUUCAUCUGGAACACCAAUGAGGAAGCCAAGGUGUACAUCGGCAUUAACUCGCUGAGCACAGACUUCUCCGCACAGAAGGGGGUGAAGGGUCUCCCCCUGAACCUUCAGAUCGACACCUAUGACUACAGCACGGGAAGCAACAGGCUGAUCCACCGGGCGGCCUGCCAGGUCAAAGUGUUCUGCGACAAGGGUGCGGAGAGGAAGAUGAGGGACGAAGAGAGGAAACGGGUGAAAAGGAGGGUCAAGAGCAGCGACAGCAGCAACAACAAUUCCAGCAGUAAGCAGUCAGUGGUGUCCAGCUCUAUCGGAGGCGACUGCACGUACUUCAAAGCCCUGGAUGACCUGGUGACCCAACCUGUGCUGUUCAUCCCCGAGGUGCACUUCUCCAACAUGCAGCGCUUUGGCCUGCAGAACCCCCCUGUGACUCUGGAGGACGCUGAAAGGAACUCACUGAAAAGGAGAAUCUGCCCCCCUUACCCUGAGAACGGGGAGCAGUGCAGCCCCCCAGCCGCGAAGCACCCCCGGCAGGAGGAGCAGCAGAGAGUCCUUCUGUACGUGCGGACCGAGGCCGAGGAGGUGUUCGACGCCCUCAUGCUCAGCUCGCCCACUCUCAAAGGGCUCAAGAUGGCGAUUUCAGAAAAGUACAACCUGCAAGAGGAGACAAUCGGGAAGAUCUACAAGAAAUGCAAAAGAGGGAUUUUCGUCAACAUGGACGACAACAUCAUCGAACACUACAGCAACCAUUCCGCCUUCCUGAUGGAGGUCUCGGAGGCCAUGGGGCAGUUUCAGGUCACUCUCACCGAGUUGUAAUUGGGGUCCAGGCCACUGGGACCCCAGAGGAGUUCCGUGGGGGUCCGAGCCUACCUGCCGAAUUUCAAAACUUUUUAAAAAGCACUGUCACUCCGGCGUCAGAUGUCCAAUCGGACUGGACCCUAGGCCUGUCGAAGUGCCCGCGGAAUUCCAGAACCUGACCAGAGGACCAGCUCAGCACCAGAGCCGGGCUUUCAAACAGAUGCUAACCAUUGCCACUGUAUAUAUCUCAUCUAAUAGCCCCUUUUGAUAUUUUAUAAUUAUUCUUUUUUUUGGGGGGGUAACAAAUAUUUUAUAACGUGAAAGCAUUUAUGAUUAAUAUGCUGUAAAUAUUUUAUGUAAAUAGACUUAAUUAUCAUGAGCACAGGGAGCUGUUUUGCCAGCGGACAAGCAGAUGAACUGAUGUCUUGCUGGGAGCUAUUGCUAUUUCAAAUUAGCCAAAAGUGUACGUUAUCGCGUCAUUCCCUUUUCAAGCUGCCAUUCUCGCUGCUUAAAAUACUUUUCAUUUCUUUUUUUUUUUUUUUUGCAAAACAUAUUCAUAGAAAAACAAAGUGUUGGGAAUGGUGAGGUUGCUUACGACUUGUGUGAUGAACAUUUCUUUUACACUGUAGUAUCUCCCAUUAGAGGCUUGUAUAUGAUUUUUUUUUUUUUUUUUUACUGGCUUAACACUGCCGAUUUUGUUGCUAGCCUGUCAUUUUCAGAUCUAAAAUCAGCCAACAAGAGGCUUUUUAGACGCAAAGUCACACAUUUCCUUCUGGAAGCCUGCACCUCGGCAGCGUUCCUUCGCUCAAACUCGGUCGAGGGCCCGCGAGCAAACAUUUCGGGCUUUGUUUCGUAGCGCCGCUCGCGACGGCUCCGGCCACCGCCCGCGGCGUGGCCGCCCCUCCAGUUCAUGACAACCGCAAAGAAAGUGAACCACUGAGAUUACUUUUACCGGGGGCCCCGUUCAAGAUCCAUCGCUGAGUUUUAUUCGCUGAAGGUUUAGGCCUGCUCUUCAAAUGGGACUUCACAACAUUUCAACGCUUUUGUAUCUCUGUAUUGUAUUGUGUUGCCAAAGCU